AUGCUGGGCAAGAAGAGGGGAAAACGGUGCAGUCAGUCACGGAAAGCUAAUUUGUUGCACUGUCAGGUGAACUUCACAGUAGACCAGAUCCGAGAGAUCAUGGACAAAAAGUCCAACAUCAGGAACAUGUCCGUGAUCGCCCAUGUGGACCAUGGCAAAUCCACACUCACCGACUCCCUUGUGUGUAAGGCCGGAAUUAUCGCCUCGGCCAGAGCUGGAGAGACCAGGUUCACAGACACCAGGAAAGAUGAACAAGAAAGAUGCAUCACCAUCAAAUCCACAGCUAUUUCUCUGUACUAUGAGCUGAGUGACAAUGACCUGGCCUUCAUUAAGCAGAGUAAGGAUGGCUCUGGUUUCCUCAUCAACCUCAUCGACUCUCCAGGCCACGUGGACUUUUCCUCUGAGGUCACAGCCGCUCUGAGGGUCACAGACGGAGCUCUCGUGGUUGUCGACUGUGUGUCAGGUGUGUGUGUUCAGACGGAGACGGUGUUGAGGCAAGCGAUUGCUGAACGCAUUAAGCCAGUUCUGAUGAUGAAUAAAAUGGACCGGGCUUUGCUGGAGCUGCAGCUGGAUGCAGACGAGCUUUACCAGACGUUCCAGCGCAUCGUGGAGAAUGUCAACGUCAUCAUCUCCACAUACGGAGAGGGCGAACAUGGGCCAAUGGGAAACAUUAUGGUGGAUCCUGUGGUUGGAACUGUGGGGUUUGGAUCAGGCCUCCACGGCUGGGCUUUCACUCUGAAACAGUUUGCUGAGAUGUAUGUGGCCAAAUUCGCUGCUAAAGCUGAGAAGAAGAAAGACCUGCCCCCUGCAGAACGCUGCAAAAAGGUUGAAGACAUGAUGAAAAAAUUAUGGGGAGAUAAGUACUUCGAUCCAGCCACUGGAAAAUUCAGCAAGACAGCGACCAACGCAGAGGGCAAGAAACUUCCUCGCACUUUCUGCCAGCUCGUCCUGGAUCCUAUCUUCAAGGUGUUUGAUGCUAUCAUGAAUUUUAAGAAGGAGGACACACAGAAGUUGAUUGAGAAACUGGAGGUGAAGCUGGAUGCUGAAGACAAGGAGAAGGAGGGAAAACCACUGCUUAAGGCUGUUAUGCGUCGGUGGCUACCAGCAGGGGACGCUCUUCUCCAGAUGAUCACCAUUCACCUGCCAUCUCCUGUCACAGCCCAGAAAUAUCGCUGUGAGCUGCUGUAUGAGGGUCCUGGAGAUGACGAGGCCGCCAUGGGCAUUAAGAACUGUGAUCCCAAAGCUCCUCUGAUGAUGUAUAUUUCUAAGAUGGUGCCCACGAGCGAUAAGGGACGAUUCUACGCCUUCGGCAGGGUUUUCUCCGGCAUGGUGGCCACUGGGCAGAAGGUUCGAAUCAUGGGGCCAAACUACUCCCCAGGGAAGAAAGAGGACCUGUACUUAAAGCCCAUUCAAAGAACCAUUCUGAUGAUGGGUCGCUAUGUGGAGCCCAUUGAAGAUGUGCCAUGUGGGAACAUUGUGGGACUGGUUGGGGUGGACCAGUUCCUGGUGAAGACCGGAACCAUAACCACAUUUGAGCAUGCUCACAACAUGCGUGUGAUGAAGUUCAGUGUCAGCCCUGUGGUGCGUGUGGCCGUGGAGGCCAAGAACCCGGCUGACCUGCCCAAACUGGUGGAAGGGCUCAAACGCCUGGCCAAGUCCGACCCAAUGGUGCAGUGUAUCAUUGAGGAGUCAGGGGAGCACAUUGUUGCGGGUGCUGGGGAGUUACAUCUGGAGAUCUGCCUUAAAGAUCUGGAGGAGGAUCACGCCUGCAUCCCUCUCAAGAAAUCUGAUCCAGUGGUGUCAUAUCGUGAGACUGUGAGUGAUGAUUCAGACCAGGUCUGUUUGUCCAAAUCUCCCAACAAACACAACCGCCUGUACAUGAAGGCGCGGCCCUUCCCAGACGGUCUGGCCGAGGACAUCGAUAAGGGCGAUGUGACUGCCAGGCAGGAGCUCAAACAAAGGGCGCGGUACCUGGCAGAGAAAUACGAGUGGGAGGUGGCAGAGGCCCGUAAGAUUUGGUGUUUUGGACCAGACGGAACUGGACCCAACAUCCUGGUGGACAUCACCAAAGGUGUGCAGUAUCUGAAUGAGAUCAAAGACAGCGUCGUGGCUGGAUUCCAGUGGGCCACCAAAGAAGGCGCUCUGUGUGAGGAGAACAUGAGAGGCGUCCGUUUCGACAUUCAUGAUGUCACUCUGCAUGCCGACGCCAUCCAUAGAGGGGGGGGUCAGAUUAUCCCCACUGCCCGCAGAGUCCUCUACGCAUCCAUGCUCACUGCCCAGCCAAGACUCAUGGAGCCCAUCUACCUGGUGGAGAUUCAGUGUCCAGAACACGUGGUGGGCGGGAUCUAUGGUGUCUUAAACAGGAAGAGGGGGCAUGUGUUUGAGGAGUCCCAGGUGGCAGGAACGCCCAUAUUUGUAGUGAAAGCCUACCUGCCCGUCAACGAGUCCUUUGGUUUCACAGCAGAUUUGCGCUCGAACACUGGGGGGCAGGCUUUCCCUCAGUGUGUGUUUGACCACUGGCAGAUUCUGCCCGGAGAUCCGUACGAUGCCACCAGCCGGCCGUGCCAGGUCGUGGCCGAGACGCGCAAACGCAAAGGCCUGAAGGAGGGAAUCCCCGCCCUGGAUAACUUCUUAGACAAACUUUAA